AUGGGCAGAGAAUCAACUAAUAAUACAGCUGUAGAUAAUAUCCUCAAUAUCUAUACAACAAAGGAAUUUAAUGGUAUUGCGGAUUUUGGCAAGCAUAAUUUUGAUGCAAUUUUUGAGUCAUUGCAGAGGCUCUUUGGGUUGAGUGAAGACAAACCUUUAGAAAGUAUAGAAGGGUAUGUUAUGGAUCAUGCUCCUGCUUCUACUAGAAAUUUUACUGAAAAUUAUCAGGUUAUGGAUGGAAGCCAUAACCUUCUUUUAGGUAAUCAAAGUCUACUUUUAAAUAAUCAAGGUCUACUACCAGCCAAUACUGGUUUCUUUUUGGACAUUGCUUUUAUGCUUAUGGUCAUCAACAGUAAGACGGAUAGAAAUUAUGAAGCUAUUUUAAAGAUGAAAACAAAGGUCGAUAAAAAUUAUGAGACCAUUAGAAGAGUAAAAAAUAAAGUAGAUAGAAAUCUCGAG